CCCAAAAUACCCCAAGAGCCAAUGGAGUGGGAAAACCCGGGACCCCGAGGAGAGGGAGAGAGGGCAAAGCAGCCGGGCUGCAGGGGGGAGGGAGCAUCCAUUUAGCACCCGGCUUAGCCCAGGAGCUCAGGGACAUUUUGGAUUCCUCCAGGGAUCGUGGUGACUCGUGGGUAGCAGGGCUGCUCUGCUGAUUCACUCCCACCGCUGCCAGCAUGGUGAUCAAAGUGUUUGUGGCCACAUCUUCGGGCUCUACAGCGAUAAAAAAGAAGCAGCAAGAAGUCGUGGGCUUUUUAGAGGCCAACAAGAUUGACUUCCAGCAAAUGGACAUAGCAGGAGAUGAGGACAACAGGAAAUGGAUGAGAGAGAAUGUCCCAGGUGAAAAAAAGCCUCAGAAUGGAAUUCCCCUCCCUCCACAGAUCUUCAACGAGGAGCGGUACUGUGGGGAUUUUGAAUCCUUUUUCUCUGCCAAGGAAGAAAAUAUCAUUUAUUCGUUCCUGGGCCUUGCUCCUCCUCCAGGCACAAAGGAAACUGAAAAGUCUGAUGCCACAGAGGAAAAGUCAGAAGCCACAGAGGAGAAGUCAGAAGCCACAGAAGAUAAAUCUGAUUCCAAGGAUGAACAUUCUGAUGCCACAAAGGAAACUGAGGCACACACAGAAGACAAGGCAGAAGAAGGAGCUCCUGAAGAGGCUCAGCCUGACCAGACACCACCAGAAGGUCAACAGGAAGGAGAGGAAGAGCAUGCAGCAACAGGGGAAGAAGAAGAAAAGCAAGGAGAGGGAGAAGAAAAGGAAGAGGUGGAGGAGCAGGAAGAGUCUUAGUACAGCUCCCUAUGGCACAAUAUUUCUUGAACAGGUUUUCAGGAAGCACCAGCUGGAGCCACCCCACCAAAGAAAAGAAAAUCCCUUUCUCAAGCAAAGCACCGCCACCUUUAGUGCCUGUGUGAACACAAAAACACAAACAGAGCACAGCCACCACUCUGUCCCACCUGUAACCUUUAUAUAUAUAUUUGGUAUUCCAGUUGCUUGUUGAAAUGGAUCUGCUGUCUGACAGCUGCUAUUUCAGUCAAUUGUUGUGUGUUGGGAUAGUUUUGUCCAUGUCACAUUUAGAUUGUGAGCUCUCCAGGGCAGGAACCACGUCUGUCUCCAUGUCCAAACACUGCCAAGCACCUUGCUGCCACUCAGCAGCACUCACACCCCUGUGACUUCAGAGGAAAAGAAAUUCAGCACUGAAAACUGCAAAGAGGCUUCCUGUACACAAGCCAUGUGAGUCACUUCUCCCUCAGCUGGCUUUUGAAAAUGAUUGAGAUUCCCAUUGUGCAGCAGUUGAAAUAAAUGUGUUUUCUGUCGUA